UUUACCGCCAUGCCGCUGUUCUCGAUGUUUUGCGGCCCUAGAAGAGGCCUGUCAACGGGGUUCAUUCUCGUGACGAUGUGUUUUCUGUGGCUGUGUGGGGCACCGACAGGGAAUAGUCAAAUAGGUGCCCCUGAAUGCCCUUACCUCAGCACUGGGACAGAAAUUACUGAAGACAUGGUCAAAGAAGGAUGCAGAGGUCGGCAAACAAUAAUCUGCAAGUACCUGGUAGCCAUUCAGCGUUAUCGAGGGGAAGCUACCCGUCUUCUAACCCAUAUCUGUCACGAUUAUGUCCGUUCCGAGCCAAAGUGCGCAUGGCUCCAGAGCGUUCAAGCUAACAAUAGAUAUAUGAUUGACCAUCUUUAUAACUCCUUCCGGGGACUUACGGCCAUCUUAGAGGACAGUAUUGAAAUAGACACAAUGGCGAAGGAACUACUUUUUCAGUAUCUCGGAUCACAAUCAUCGACAAAGUUGCCAUUUUUCUCGUUUAUGGAUAUAUUAAUGCAGCCCCUUGAAUACAAACUGUCCACCAUUAACGCUUUUGUUAAUGAAGGUCAUUCCGAACGAAUGCCAUUCAUGGAACGAGCAGGUAUUCAGGAAAUCAUUGUGUUGUCUAUUGAAAAUUUAAUCCAGGUUUUGUCGGAGUUGGAUACAAAUUUUAACAUUUCAUUCAAUGAGAUACACGAAGAGAGAAACAUGGCAUUGUUCUAUCUGAAAAUGUUUUCGGCCAACGCAUCAUUGUUCGACAUUGGUGUCCUGAAUAACCCAUCCCACUCUGAAUACGCCGCAACGUAUCCUGGUUAUCUACGUAGAGCCGAGAAGUACCCAAGGACAUGGGAGACCGUGAUGCGAAAGAUACACGAUGCCCUGCGCAAUGAUAUCAACACCAUCGGUACUAUCUGGAUACCUAACGAACGUUCGAUACUGCAGAGGAAAUAUACUUGGCGUCCGGUCGACGUAGUGGAUAUGUACAGGACAGUUCUGUCUAAACUACAUUCUACACUAGACAAAUAUCCUGAUCCAGAUUACUUCCUAUUCGAACUACAGUCAAUCUUUCCUUUUACUUUAAUUGGAAUUCAUCAGAUCAAAAGCACUAGUAAAGUGAUAGAACAAAAGGAAAUGAAAAUUAAUGAAUUAGCGAAAGAGAAAGACUGGCUUGAAGUUCAGUUCCAAAUGUAUGUUCUUAUAAAGACAUAUUCUAAAUUCGUGGAAAAGCUUAGUGAUGUCCGUGCAGGGUUGCUUGCGGAAAAGAACAUAAGCCAAACGUCUUUGGAGAAGUUUUCUGAAAAUUGUACGAGUGGAUUUCGAGAUAUCCUUGAUAUUCUUCUUUCGCAUUCCACAAAAGGUCCACAUAUUACUAACCGAUAUGGCACAUUAACGUUGGGCGAACUACAAGAUAUUCACACUCAAACCAAUGGCUUUCAAAAUCAAAAUAUAUUUAUAAAUCAAGAACAAAAAUUACUCCCAUGGAUAAAGUUUGAGUUUAGUCUUCAGCGACUAGAGGUUUGGAUGAAAUCCCGACUACUUUUAUACAAGGAAAUACAUACGUCUUCAAAUGAAAAACAGUCCGUCAGUAAUAUCAUGAAAUCGAUUGAAAUGAAAACUUGCCAAGAUGGCGGCACAUUGCUUACUUUGGAUACGAUUGUAUCACCAGAAGAUAUGCUAUGUACAUUGGCCAUCAUACGACUAGAUUGUCUGGAAUAUGAUUCGUAUCCUCUUCACACAUUACGAGAAAAAUGCGGGUCCUCAUUUUCACUUCUCAACCAGAUGGUAACCCGACGUAAAGAAAUGCUUCUUGAACAGGAAGUCCGUUCAGCCGUAAGAAGGCAAGGAGUCGAAGAUCCCGGUUCUAUCUAUGAUAGUAUUUUCAAUAAAAUAGAACAUGAUGUUAUGUCUAGAAAAUAUGGACUGUCUGUCUCGCAGACGGACAUACUACUCGCCGUUGCUCGACUGUAUCCCGAAAAAAAGCAGUUCGGUUUCUACCAAUUGUCUUUCUUCCGUCAGCAUCACCAAUUUUUCACUGAAGGCGUCGUUGAGAUAAUUUCCUCCUACGCAAUCCACCAAAGGAAUGCUGAAAUGGAGCGAAUCUUUCGAAAACAUUUUUGCGAGGACCAUGGUUUCUGUGUUGAACAUCAAACACCUGUACUCAACUUCACAAGUAAACAAGUUUAUGAAAAAGCUUAUGUUGCACUUGAGGAACACUUCACGCCAUUAAUUCCUGCCCGAAAAAACGACCAGGUCUCUAUAACACAAUUAUCUCACGUUAAAACGCUCACUGUACUCGCCUUGCUGGUUUGUCACUUCUUAAAGCAAGGAGUACAGUAAAGGUUCUUUUACUUCCAGAACUAUUUAUAUAUCUUCAUAGGUUAAUUUCAAGGUAGAAUGUGAAGUGACUCGAGAAUAAAUCAGAGAUAUAAUGUAAUUCGUAGUUGUGUAUAUCCUUAAAUCCAAUCCUCUCGAAUCGUCAGGAAAAUAAUCGCGAAGAUAAAGAAGUAUCAAAAUUAACUGACUGACCGUAUCUAGAACGAUCGGAAUAUACCGAUUGCCAGGACUCGAUCACUAUAAAUUUGCAU